ACUGAGAAAAAUGAAAAAAUUCAAAUCAGCACAGCAAUGAAAUUGAAGAACUUGCUCUUAAAUUCAACGGUGUGUAAGUUGCCGGUGAAAUUAAUUAGUGUACGAGGAAAAGAUUCGUUUGCUCUCAUACAGAGUUUGUUGACUAAUAAUGUUGAUGCACUGUGGCCAGCUCGAAAAGAUUUUCCAUCAUCCAUUUACGGAAUGUUCCUUUCUCUGAAUGGACGAGUUAUUUUUGAUACCAUUCUUUAUUCGAGUAAUGAAUCAAACGAGAUGAAUCUGUAUCUGGAAUGCCAUAUUAGUGAGAUCAAUCCGAUGUUAGCCCAUUUGAAGAAAUAUCGAAUGAGGAAAAAGGCUUAUGACAAGUGUGAAUCAUUGCACUCGAUCGAAAUAGUUAUGAGAGCUGAGAUAAACUUGGAAAGUUCGUCUGUAUAUGGAGUCAUUGAAAACUCGUUCAGUUGUGAUUUGAGUACUAUAUUGAAUGAUCAACGAAAUGAUUUUACUCUAAGUGAAGAUCCAAGAGCACCAAAAGAGGGUCUGAAGAGACUUGUGGUAUUCGAUCACUCCGAUGAUUCCAUCAGUUCAACUAUAGAUACAGGCGCGUCUAGUGUUGACUUGUAUACGGAGAAAAGGUACGAACUGGGUAUUGCGGAGGGGCCAGGGGAGAUAGUGCGGAACAAAGCAUUGCCUCUGAACUACAACGUGGACCUCAUGAAUGGAGUAUCAUUCUCGAAGGGAUGCUACUUAGGACAGGAAUUGACGGCAAGAACACAUCAUACUGGAGUGAUACGACGCAGAGUGUUUCCAGUUGAACUAUCCAAACCCAUUCCAUCCCCAACAACCACCUCACUUAGCUCAACAGAAGGGGGAGACCAAAUCGAGCAAAGUGAGGGUAGUGCUGCAGGGGGGCCCUCCCACUUGAAUUUGCCUAUAUUCACCAGGGGUGAAGGGGACGGAGAGGGUGGGGUGAAAAUGGGUAAUCUGGUGUGCUCUCUGGGAACUAAAGGACUGGCGAUGUUGAGAGUGGACCAUGAGCCAGAUGUUCCACUACAGAUACUGUCCGAUACUCUUCUCAUACCCAGAAGGCCUUUUUGGAACAAAUAGAUCAAUCAGAGUAUAAAUGCAUAUAGACAUAUAAUUUUUUUGAGAAAAACAGUUAUUAGUAUAUAUUCGAAAAUGCGAAUGUUAAUUGUUCUACAUACUUGACCGAAUAUUAAUGAAGUGAAAUUUGUGAAUU